AUGCCGGCGUCGGGGUCUGACGUACUUCGUCAUUCUUCGCCCGAAGUGGAAUUGCAGACCCCUGCCAGCCCUGGUACACCAACAUCGGAUGCCGGUAGUGUGAUCGUACGUCGACGAACCAGUCCAGUCCAAUCGCCUCUCAGCCAACAGGAAAAGCUUUCCGCGGAUAAGGAAGCGGCACCGAUUGAUGCUCACAGCCCUAGUCCCGUGUUUGAAAGCCGCGAGCAACGGCAGCUUAUUCCUGUUGAAAGUGAAGUUGCUAGCCCAGUCAGUGUGGCGGCCCAAACCAAUUCCGCUGGUAGUCCUGCUGCACAGUCAGGAAGCUGGAAAGACUCUUGUCAAUUGGUGCCUGCGAAUGCUGUCCUUGGGUCUCCUGUCCGCUCGGCAAUCUCUAAAAUUGAUGAGCAGCCCACAAGUCACUCCACAAGCAAUGUGCAUGAAGAGUCCCGUGGUGGCAAUACGCCCAAAAAGCCUCUGGAGAGUCCUAUCAAAUUAUCAAAGUCUCGACCAGGACGCUUAUCCUUGGAAAAGGAAAAAAGAAAAUCUCGAGGCCGGCGCACGUCUACUGAUUCGUCUUGUUCGGAUUAUCCAUCACUCGUCUCCAGCCCUGAGAUUCGCGAGCCCCGUACAUCCUCCUCCAAUGGAACGCCUCUGCUGCUUGAGACUCCUCCACCCUUCCAGGAUGGCUACCAGUCAUCCGACCCCGUACCACCUGGGAGCGAUCACACGUUGCGAGAAGAUCGUCUACUACGGCUGGAUAACCAAAAGCCAUCCCCACGGGCCAAUUUCGCGCAUAACCGAAACCUCAGUCUUCCAUUGCAGCGUUUCAUCAACGAAAGGUUGGAGAUGAAUUACGAUGACGAAAGCGGCAGUGACCUGGAUGGCGUCGCUUCCAAUAGGAAGUCCACGGACGUGUAUGCGGAUUUACGACUGGGCCAGAAAAAGGCACUGUUGCCUGCACACAUCAGCAAAUUCACCAUUCCCUCCAAUAGCGCUCAGCGCUCAGCAACCCAGCCUUUGGAUGCUCCGAGUCAAGGCAGCCCUAGACCGGUCACCAAUGGCACCACCGCCAAAGUUCUAUCCAAGGCCUGGGAGCACAAGAAGGGCUCCGUUUCGAAGAAUGCAAACCGUAGUGGUCUGCAACCGGAACCGCCUGUACACUCAAGCACCAACCGCUUGAGGAGACAGUUGACUUCGCAUCCUAGUCUCGAGAGUAUUGGGGCGUAUAGAUCCAACGCCCGGUCUGGCGAUGACACGUCUUCAGUUACAGCUAUUUCCAGGGCCGGAUCUCGGCCAUCCACUCCAGGCUCGCAGCUGAGAAGAACCAAAGAUCAUCUCGACGAGAAAAUCAGUUCUAUCUUGUCGACCCUUCCUGCUCGGAUCCAUCUGAUGUCAGCUGAUGGCCAAGACUUUGAUGCAGGGUCUGCGGCGACGUCACUUCCCUUGAAGGCUAGGGAACGAUUCCGUUCCAUAUCACCCCAGGGAACGCCGUCCCGGAGCAGCACGCCCACGCCAUCCUUGACCCUGACAGCUGCGCCCUCGCGCAGGAGGUAUUCUCACGCUCACGCCCCAGAGGAGAGCUCUGUGAAGCUCUACCACCUGCAUCGAGGUGGAAAGUCUGCGCCGACCAAGCUUUUUGUUCGGUCAGUGGGUGAGAAAGGAGAACGCGUUAUGGUCCGAGUUGGCGGUGGGUGGGCAGACCUGGCUGAAUACCUGAGGGAGUAUGCCAUCCACCAUGGACGCCGGCAUGUUUCAGAUACCCCUCGUGUCGAAGUCCAGGGUCUGUCCACGCGUACCUCUCCCACGUACUCCGUCAGUGGGCGCCGCACUCCCUCCCGACCGCGGUCUGUCAUUGGCAAUCGGCCGUCUUCUUCAUUGGCUGUGCGCAAGACCAGACGUACUUCGAAUGUGUCGGAUGUAACCGAGUUCCGGGCGGCGCAGGCAGCUGGCGACUCACUCACUGCCUCGUACUCGCCUAUGUCGACUGUCUCAUCUCGCAGAAGACUAUCGGCCUCCUCCAAUGCCUCAAUGGGCGCUGCCUCUUCAGCCAGUGAAUUCCGUCAUGGAUCAUACUCUCCUUCCACCACUGCCGCAGGUAGCAAUUCUCACUCCAUCCCACUCGGCCUUGCAGGGCCGAAGCCACGGUCGAGAAAUGUCUCGAUCAGCCCGGAGAGUGAGGCGUGGGUUGAAGAUGUUCUUGGCCAAGCUCGGAGGAGCUCGUCCUUAAGGCCUUACAACUAUGGCCUGUCCACCCAGGACCCGGAGCCUGCUUCAACCAAGGCUCCAACCAUCCCCAAGUCGAGAAGUAUCAGCGACCUGGGAAUGGCGGGUGCUAGCAGACGCGUCGCACUACGCGGACUUGCAAAACGAUAA